GCACGCUGGGGCGGGGCCGGCGGCCGUAGACGCACGCGUGGGGAGUGGGGGUUUGCUGGUGAGCCCGGUCCCGCUGCGCUGCUGGCUGGUAGUUCCUCGAGAACCGAACCAGUUCCCAAGGCUGCGGGUCGCCGGCCACCCACAGCAGCAGCCGCGCCAGCCCACGCUCCGGGGCGAGCGGGCCGCGCCGCGGCCAUGGCGCACCGCUGCCUGCUGCUGUGGGGCCGGGGCGGCUGCUGGCCCCGCGGCCUCCCGCCGCUCCUCGUGCCCGGCAGCGGCGUGGGCCCCAGGGGGCGGCCCUGCCUCCGGACGCUUUAUCAAUAUGCUACAGCUCAGGCAACAACCAGCAGAAAUUCUCUUUUGACAGAUGUAAUUGCUGCUUAUCAAAGAUUCUGUUCUCGACCUCCCAAAGGAUUUGAAAAAUACUUUCCUAACGGAAAAAAUGGGAAAAAAGCUAGUGAACCUAAAGACGUUGUGGGAGAAAAAACAGAGUCAAAACCAGCUACUACCCAGCGCUCUUCUGGAGGAGCAGGUGGCGGUGGAGGAAAACGCCAAGGCAAGAAAGAUGAUUCUCACUGGUGGUCCAGGUUCCAGAAGGGUGACUUCCCAUGGGACGACAAGGAUUUUAGAUUGUACUUUCUCUGGACUGCUUUGUUUUGGGGUGGAGUCAUGUUUUACUUCCUGUUCAGGAGCUCUGGGAGAGAAAUCACAUGGAAGGACUUUGUCAAUAACUAUCUUUCUAAAGGAGUAGUGGACAGACUGGAAGUUGUCAAUAAACGUUUUGUCCGAGUGACUUUUACACCAGGAAAAACUCCGGUUGAUGGGCAAUAUGUCUGGUUUAAUAUUGGUAGUGUAGACACCUUUGAGCGGAAUCUGGAAACUUUACAGCAAGAAUUGGGCAUAGAAGGGGAAAAUCGGGUACCUGUUGUCUACAUUGCUGAAAGUGAUGGGUCCUUCCUCCUGAGCAUGUUGCCCACUGUGCUCAUCAUCGCCUUCUUACUCUACACCAUAAGAAGAGGGCCUGCUGGCAUCGGACGAACUGGCCGGGGCAUGGGUGGACUCUUCAGUGUUGGGGAAACCACAGCCAAGGUCUUAAAGGAUGAGAUAGAUGUGAAGUUCAAAGAUGUGGCAGGCUGUGAGGAGGCCAAGCUAGAAAUAAUGGAAUUCGUGAAUUUCUUGAAAAAUCCAAAGCAGUAUCAAGACCUCGGAGCAAAAAUCCCAAAGGGUGCCAUUCUCACUGGUCCUCCAGGUACUGGGAAGACAUUGCUAGCUAAAGCCACAGCUGGAGAAGCCAACGUCCCCUUCAUCACUGUUAGUGGGUCUGAAUUUUUGGAGAUGUUUGUUGGUGUGGGUCCAGCGAGAGUCCGAGACCUGUUUGCCCUUGCUCGGAAGAAUGCCCCAUGCAUUCUCUUCAUUGAUGAGAUUGACGCCGUGGGAAGGAAGAGAGGGCGAGGCAACUUUGGAGGGCAGAGUGAGCAGGAGAACACACUGAACCAGCUGCUUGUAGAGAUGGAUGGUUUUAACACAACAACAAAUGUGGUCAUUUUGGCGGGCACCAAUCGGCCAGAUAUCCUAGAUCCAGCACUGAUGAGGCCUGGCCGCUUCGACAGACAGAUCUUUAUUGGACCACCAGACAUAAAAGGGAGAGCCUCUAUUUUUAAAGUUCACCUUCGACCACUGAAACUGGACAGUGCCUUGGAAAAGGAGAAACUGGCCAGAAAACUGGCAUCCUUAACCCCAGGGUUUUCAGGAGCUGAUGUUGCCAAUGUCUGUAAUGAAGCUGCUUUGAUUGCUGCAAGACACCUUUCAGAUUCCAUAAAUGAGAAGCACUUUGAACAAGCAAUUGAACGAGUGAUUGGUGGCUUGGAGAAAAAAACCCAGGUGCUGCAGCCCGAAGAGAAAAGGACUGUGGCAUACCAUGAAGCAGGUCAUGCCGUUGCCGGCUGGUAUCUGGAACAUGCAGACCCUCUCUUAAAGGUAUCCAUCAUCCCACGUGGCAAAGGAUUGGGUUAUGCUCAAUAUUUACCAAAAGAACAGUACCUGUAUACCAAGGAGCAGCUCCUGGACAGGAUGUGCAUGACUCUAGGUGGCCGGGUCUCUGAAGAGAUCUUCUUUGGAAGAAUUACAACUGGUGCUCAGGACGACCUCAGGAAAGUCACUCAAAGUGCAUAUGCCCAGAUUGUUCAGUUCGGCAUGAAUGAAAAGGUUGGGCAAAUCUCCUUCGACCUCCCACGCCAGGGGGACAUGGUAUUAGAGAAGCCUUACAGCGAGGCCACUGCACGGCUGAUCGAUGAUGAAGUGCGAAUACUUAUCAAUGAUGCGUAUAUGAGAACCGUAGCCCUUCUCACAGAAAAGAAAGCUGACGUGGAGAAGGUGGCUCUUCUAUUGUUAGAAAAAGAAGUAUUAGAUAAGAAUGAUAUGGUAGAACUUCUGGGCCCCAGACCAUUUGCAGAAAAAUCUACCUAUGAAGAAUUCGUGGAAGGCACUGGCAGCUUGGAUGAGGACACCUCGCUUCCAGAAGGCCUGAAGGACUGGAACAAAGAGCGGGAAAAGGAGAAAGAGGAGUCACCAGGCGAGAAAGUUGCCACCCACAUCCAAGGAUGGAGGCCAUUUUAGUUUGUCUUCCUGUGGUUCUGAUUUGCACAUUGGUUCAGCUUUGGCUUUCUGAAGAAUGACAGCCCUGCUAAGUGGAUUAAGUCAGCUGCUAACACAGCCAGACUGUGAAACAAGGCCUCUGCUUGGCCUCAGAUGUCGGCAAGGUUGGCAGGCAGCUACCCAGGACCCCAAAGGAGACUCCCACCACCCCUGGUCCUGGAAGACAGUGGCUGGUCCAACCAGCACUACCCUCCAAGGCCCAUCCCUGGACACCAGCUGGGAACUUGGUGGGGAUGGUUCUUCUGUGGAGUCAUGAAGAUGUGAAGGAAGGGUAUUUUUCUCUUUUCAUCACCCACUCUUCAUUCCUACUUUUCUUCAGUUUUUGUCUGCAGAUGGGCUGUGAAAUUCGAUUGGAGAUCUGAUAAUAUUUUGAUCCAACCUAAUAUUUUAAAGAUUGAACCCAGAUCACUUGUUGCUGUUUUAAUGGAAUAGUUUUCUACAGAGAACUGUAACAUACUUAAAAAUAUGAAUGUAUUGUGUAAAUAUGGCUUCUUUACAUCAAAAAUAAAAGGUAAGCAGUGUACUUUUUUUCCUGAACACAAGGGUCACUUCAUGCUCUGUUUACUUUUAGAAAACAUGACAAAUUGUUAUUUCUUUUUGGAGGGUACUUCUUGAAAAUCUCAGUCCUGCAGGUUCUUAUCAGCUGUCAGAGUUAGAACGAUCUAGAUUUGUAUGUCCUGGAAUGGAGCGUGUUGGCUCCAGUCAGUCACAGAGAGAAUCUGUGAUUGUCACAUCAGUUAGGUCCUUAGUGAGCUUACCAAGGGAGGUCACAACAUCUGGAUCUGGAGAUUGGUG